AUGGUGGGACAUGAAAGGCGCAACGAGACGUUCAAUGCGGUAAAGGAUUGGCUUGAAGGCCGGGCGGAAUCUUUCACGACUGGCGAUCCCACCAUAUUCGCCGAGUACGUGGUACAGUUGUUGGGAACCGUGCCAUUUGUUGAUGAUGAUCGGGAGCAGAAAGAGCUGCUAAGAAUUAGGGUAGUCGACGAGCUCAAAGGAAUUGUAGAACGGACCCUCCGAGAGGGCCCAUUCCUCGAGCAACUGUGGCAAAAAGUGCGGGAAACAUCAUCACUACAACCAAUAACAGUCGAAGAUUCAAGCACGAUUUUGGUCACGAAUGUGCCAAGACCCAGACUUAACAUCCGCGACGUAAGAGAGGCUUUUGAGCCUUACGGCCGGCUUGCGCUGUGUCGCGCGGAUCUGGAGCGUCGUCAGCUUCUAAUUGGCUUCAAACACAGCUCGUGUGCAAUCAGAUGCGUCAGCGCGAAAGGCCCCUUCUUUGGCAAUCGUUUCAUCAAAGUUGAGUUGUGUCGCGAACAGGAUGCGUGCUUCGAGGGUGUAGAUCUUAUGGAGAACGAAAAUCGUGGCCAGGAUGGGAUGGUGCUUACGAAUCACGCCAGUGUUGGACAAUCCACUGCGCAACAAGAGAGAACUACUGCUCAAAAACUGAACCAGCAAAUGAAGAAUAAUCAGGAAGGUCAGCUGCGCUCGAAGGAGAAGCUUUUGCAGGGCCAUAGGUCGAUGCUGCAGUUGCUGGCAGAGAGGAUUGGGGAAUCUGGCGACAAUGAGGACGAGCUGCAACAGCAUGCUCUGGAAUUCGAGCGAAUCCGACAAAGCAUGGUCUCGCUGAACAUCUUGCCCGCAGAGAUGGUCAAGAAACGCAUCGAGCGUUUUCUCACAGAAAACCCGGAAAGGGCCCGACUUUUCAUGACAACGAAGAGAUCGGAUAAAGGACGUGCCAAGAAACGACCCAUGGUGGCACCUUUUCAAAAGAGUCUAAGGCGGAAAAAGCGGUGA